AUGAAGCAGAUCAUUAUAAACCUUGAGACGCAAGAUAUCAAAGCAUUGGAGAAAGCUGGAGAGAAAGAUGAGAUUGAAAAGGCAUCGAGAGAAAGCGUCGUGAAGCAAAUGGAAGAAGGGAAAGCUCUCAUCACAGGAUCAAGCGGCUCGGGAUCAAACGAGGCGUUUGCUUUGAUCAUUGAUGGGAAGUCGCUAACGUACGCUCUUGAAGAUGAUUUCAAGAAGAAGUUUCUUGAUUUAGCCACAGGAUGUGCCUCUGUUAUCUGCUGCAGAUCAUCACCUAAACAAAAGUCAUUGGUUACGCGGUUGGUCAAAACUGGAACCGGGAAGACAACUUUAGCGAUUGGAGAUGGAGCAAACGAUGUUGGAAUGCUUCAAGAAGCAGACAUUGGUGUUGGAAUCAGCGGUGUUGAGGGGAUGCAAGCUGUUAUGUCUAGCGAUAUAGCCAUCGCUCAGUUCCGAUACUUAGAGCGUCUCUUGCUCGUCCAUGGUCACUGGUGCUACAGCAGAAUCUCAUCAAUGAUUUGUUACUUCUUCUACAAGAAUAUAACGUUUGGUGUCACCGUUUUCUUAUACGAAGCCUACACAUCCUUCUCUGCUCAACCUGCAUAUAACGACUGGUUUUUAUCGCUUUUCAACGUCUUCUUCUCUUCGCUUCCCGUAAUUGCUCUUGGAGUUUUUGAUCAAGACGUAUCAGCUCGCUUCUGUUACAAGUUCCCGUUGCUAUACCAAGAAGGAGUUCAAAAUCUUCUCUUCAGCUGGAAGAGGAUCAUCGGAUGGAUGCUCAACGGACUCAUGACAGCCCUUGCGAUUUUCUUCAUCUGCAAGGAAUCUCUAAAACACCAACUCUACAACCCUAACGGCAAAACCGCCGGCCGAGAAAUCCUCGGAGGGACAAUGUACACUUGUGUAGUCUGGGUGGUCAAUCUACAAAUGGCUUUAGCCAUAAGCUAUUUCACUUGGGUCCAACACAUUGUAAUUUGGGGCUCAGUUGCUUUCUGGUACAUCUUUCUCAUGAUAUAUGGAGCCAUGGCUCCUAGCUUCUCCACAGAUGCUUACAAAGUCUUCAUCGAAGCCCUAGCUCCAGCUCCAUCUUACUGGCUCACCACUCUCUUCGUGAUGAUCUUGGCUUUGAUCCCUUACUUUGUCUUCAAAUCGGUUCAGAUGAGAUUCUUCCCGGGUUACCAUCAAAUGAUUCAGUGGAUCCGGUACGAAGGUCAUUCAAAUGAUCCUGAAUUUGUGGAAAUGGUUAGGCAAAGAUCGAUUCGGCCCACGACGGUUGGUUUCACGGCUAGAAGAGCCGCUAGUGUACGACGGUCAGGUAGGUUUCAUGAUCAGCUUAAUAAGAAUUUCAUUGCUUUCUGA